CCCGCCGCCAUUUUGCGGAAGCGCAGCGCGGACACCGGCGGCGGGACCGGGACCGGCGGCGGCGGGGGGGUCCCGGACCGGCACCGGGGGGAAGGGGGGACGGGGAGGGGGGGGGGGGGGUCCCAGACCCCUCCGGGCGAGGCGGGGACCCCGGCGGGAUGUUUCACGGGAUCGCGGGGCCGCCCGGGAUGGGAGCCCCCGGGAACAAGCCAGAGCUCUACGAGGAGGUGAAGCUCUACAAGAACGCCAGGGAGAGGGAGAAGUACGACAACAUGGCCGAGCUCUUUGCGGUGGUGAAGACGCUGCAGGCCCUGGAGAAAGCCUACAUCAAGGACUGCGUCUCUCCUAACGAGUACACGGCCGCCUGCUCCCGCCUCCUGGUCCAGUUCAAAGCCGCCCUCAAGCAAGUGCAGGGCUCCGAGAUCAGCUCCAUCGACGACUUCUGCCGCAAGUUCCGGCUCGACUGCCCCUUGGCCAUGGAGAGGAUCAAGGAGGACCGGCCCAUCACCAUCAAGGACGACAAGGGCAACCUCAACCGCUGCAUCGCCGACAUCGUCUCCCUCUUCAUCACGGUGAUGGACAAGCUGCGCCUGGAGAUCCGAGCCAUGGACGAGAUCCAGCCGGACCUGCGGGAGCUGAUGGAGACCAUGAACCGCAUGAGCCACCUGCCCCCCGACUUCGAGGGCCGGCAGAAAGUCAACCAGUGGCUGCAGACGCUCAGCGGGAUGUCGGCGUCGGACGAGCUGGACGAUUCCCAGGUCCGGCAGAUGUUGUUCGACCUGGAAUCCGCCUACAACGCCUUCAACCGCUUCCUCCACGCCUGAGCCAGCCGGCAGCGCCGUUCCCUCCCAGUUCAGCCCUCCCAGUCCCCCCCCCCCCAGUCCUUACUGGUGUUAAGAUGAAGCCGGGGACAAUAAAACCCUCGUCUGUCACCUGCCGGUGACGCCGGGACCCCAAAAACUACCA